AACGGGGCUCGGCCAGGACUACGAGCCCCACAAUCCCAUGCGGCAAUAAAAUGUGAGCGCUGUGGCCGGGGGAGACGUGUGGCCACUAUUUGCAUGAAUGGGUGGCGGAUCGGCGCUCACGAAGGGUGUAGCGACAGGAGAGACCGUGGUUACCGGGGGAUGUCCUGUCUCACUGCGCCGUUAGGAGGGAGCCGUCACCGCUAGAGGGAGGGAGAUGCCGAGGGACGAGAUGAACUCCCUGAUCCAGAAGAUCGCCCGCCAGGCCCGGCUGACGUUCCGCGGUGCAGGCAGCAGCGGGGACGGGAAGGGAUUCGCCGAGAAUGUGACGCAGCUGAGGAAACUGGUGAGCGAGAUCCGGGCCCAGGACCUGAAGAUCCGACCGCGGAAGAGCGCCCAGGCCCCGAUCUCCCUGCCGCAAAACCCGCCCGUCACCUACAUGCACAUCUGCGAGACGGACGGCUUCAGCAUGGGGGUCUUCCUCCUGAAGGGCGGCUCCAGCAUCCCGCUGCACGACCACCCCGGGAUGCACGGCAUGCUCAAGGUGCUCUACGGCAAAGUGCUCAUCAACGGCUUUGACAAGAUGGAGCCCGAGCCCCCCGGAAAUAACGGCUCCGUGCUCCGGGCUGUGCUGCGCUCCACCGGGGAGUACAGCGACACGAGCCCGGCCUGCCUGCUCAGCCCGCACCGGGACAACCUGCACCAGAUCAGCGCCGUGGACGGGCCCGCCGCCUUCCUGGACAUCCUGGCUCCCCCCUAUGACCCGGACGAUGGACGGGACUGCCAUUACUAUAAGCUGCUGCCGCAGGCCCCGUCCUCCGCUUCCCCCGAGCAGACCGGGGACGGCGGGGCCGAGGCCUCCGGGGUUCACCCCCGGGAGGUGUGGCUGCUGGAGAUCCCGCAGCCUGAUGAUUUCUGGUGCGGGGGGGAGCCCUACCCGGGGCCCAAAGUGUCCGUCUGAGCCUCUCUACCUCCUCCUGUCACAGUCAUGGGGUCCUACUAAUAAUGGUCAGAGGGUCAGGCCUCCUUGUAUGCUCGUUACCCCCCUAUUACUACUACUGGAAGCCCAUUGUGAAUACUGUUAUGGUGCUGCAGCAGCUGCUGCUGCGGAACCUCUUUGGCAAUGGAGGAGUUAGUGGCCAUCUUUAAAGCCGGCUGUAGAUAUCGAGGUUGUCCAUUGAGCCCUCAUCGUGAUUAUGGUAACGUCUGUGAUACGGAACUGGACGCCAAGGAUCCCACUGCAAUUUCGGGCGUUUUAAUGUUUUUUUUAAUUACUGCUGGAUCUUUUUUCCUCCUCAGUCUGUGAACAGUCUUACCACCUUAACAAUGGCGGCUGAUUGCGGAGGUUAUACAUCCAGGACUGUGGAGCGUUGUGUGAGAUGCUGGAGGCUGCCAGCCCCCUUAUAUCCCACGCAUGCCAACCUACUGCCGCCGUGCCCCAUAAAGCGCUAGCCACUUCCCUGCCAUGCUUUUGUGUCAGCCGUUUGUACCCAAGGCUGUGAUCCCAUGGUGUCCAUUAAAAUUUGGAGCAGCGACAUCCCCACUAUGUAAUUUAUGGACGGUGUGUAUGGUUUACAUCAUGUCAUUUUGGGCAGAUUUAUCAGAACUGGCUUAGUGGCCCCUAGCACCCAAUCAGAUUCCACCUUUCGUUUUCGGUUCCUUUGAGAAAUGAAAGGCUCCAUGUGAUUGGUUGGUAGGGACCACUAAACCAGCUUUGAUAAAUCCCCCCACGUUUUGAAUCCCCCCCCACCCCCGCAUAUCGAUCAGUGACGUGCGACCUCCAGCUCUUGUUAGAGGGGAUUUACAUUAAGGCCUCUUGCCCACGAACGUAAGGGCUCCUUGCCCGUGCUGCGGACCGCAUACGGCGUCUCCGCAGUUCACGGGUGACCAGUCGUGUGCAUUCCGCAUCACAAAUCCAGCAAUGCGGAACGGAAGCACUACG